CAACAUUAACCUAUUAACUACAAUUUGCUUUCGCAUUAUAUCAUUAAUUUUCCAGUCCCUUUAACUUUUCCGGCAACAAUCUAAAUUUACAGUCAGUUUUACUGACGAUAUACAUAUAAUAUAGUGGUAUACUUCUCCUGCAUAUCGAUUGGUAUUCAUUGAAUUGAUCAUAUACAUGCAUGCAGGAUUUAUAUCUGUGGCGACGUCCCAAGCAGCUUAUCUUUGUUCCCUCAUGAUAUCGAUGUGAAUAAAGAAAUUUAUUAAGGGGUGAUCAGGAGUUUGGUUUCCUCUCUAUAUGAUUCUUUAAUUCCCUUAUUAUCAAGAGGAUUACUCUUCUUUUCUUUUUUUUUUUUCUUUUUUUUUUUUGUAACAAAAAAUAAAGGUGUGACAAAGCCUCCUUGUUCCCGAGCGAUACAGAAUUUAAAUUCGAUGGAUCAACCUUUAAGUUAUUAUUACUAUUGAAUCCAUCGAACUUUUGAAAUUAUGAAUUCAAAAUAUUUAAAACUAUUUGAUAAUAUUGAGUUCAUUUGAACGCCGCGGAAAAAAGGCUCCAUCUGCCUCGGCCCAAGCUGGUGUUGUGGUGAAAGAGGGGCAGGAUGAGCUUGGCGGUAAUGGUGGCCUUACUCUUGGUCAUUCUGCAUGGCAGCAGCUUCGUCCAUGCGGACACAGAUCCAUCUGACGCUUCUGCACUGACAGUGAUGUAUAGCUCUCUAAAUUCACCGGGGCAGCUUACAAAGUGGAGAUCAUCAGAUGGUGAUCCUUGUGGAGAAUCCUGGAAAGGUGUUACUUGCUCGGGCAAUAGAGUGACUGAAAUCCAGAUAUCCGGUCUAGGACUCUCUGGAUCAAUGGGAUACCAAUUAACAAGUCUGACAUCUGUAACCAACUUUGACAUAUGUAACAAUAAUCUUGGAAACCAGAUACCUUACCAGCUUCCUCCAAACGUGCAGAGACUUAACCUUGCUGGUAAUAGUUUUACUGGUGGCCUACCUUAUUCUAUCUCACAAAUGAAGUCUCUUCAAUACUUAAAUGUGAGUCAUAAUCAAAUUCAAGGAGAACUCAAUGACAUGUUUGGAUCACUUUCUUCUCUUAACACACUGGAUAUCUCUUUCAAUUCAAUGACUGGUAAACUUCCUCAAAGCUUCCAGUCAAUGACUAACAUGAAGAAAAUUUACCUGCAGAAUAACCAGUUUACAGGAAAUAUUGAUAUCCUCGCUGACCUUCCUCUUGAUGCUUUGGAUCUUGAAAACAAUCAGUUCACUGGUGCGAUUCCUGAGAAAUUGAAAGGGAUAAUGCAAAAAUCUAACAGUAACACAGGAAGCUCAGGGCCUGUGCCUCCAUCUCCACCUGGUGCACCUACAACGAACAGGUCCAGUACUCGAAGUAACAAAUCCAGAGGCAAUGGCAGCCCUUCAAAUGGUGGAGGUAGCAGUGAUAAUGGUGAGAAAUCUGGUAUAGGCAGUGGAGGUGUUGCAGGCAUAGUGAUAUCAGUUUCAGUGGUUGGAGCAGUUGCGGUAAUAUUUAUUAUCAAGAAAAGACGCAGAAAGUCGUCAAUAGACAUAGAAAAACUUGACGUUCAGCCAUUUGCUCUUGAUUCACAGGAGGUAAAAGAGAUAAAGCUUAGCCAAAAUUCCUCCACAACAAGUGUGAAAGCUGUUGAAACUCCCACUGCAAUGUCUCUAAAACCUCCACCUAUUCAUCCUCCGAAAUCCUUGGAUGGAGAUGACGUCUCAGCAAAACCCGUUGUUCCUCAGCAGAAAGCUAGGACAGCUCAAAUAAAUGCUGAGCAAUAUUCAAUUGCAGACCUACAGAUGGCUACUAAUAACUUCAGUGUUGAAAACCUUAUUGGUGACGGAUCCAUUGGGAGUGUAUAUCGGGCUCACUUUGACAAUGGCAAAGUUCUCACUGUCAAGAAACUUUAUUCAUCUGAGCUCCGGAAUCCUGAAGAUUUUCUCAAGAUGGUUCCUGACAUAUCCCAGCUGGAUCAUCAAAAUGUAACUGAACUGGUAGGUUAUUGUUCAGAGGAUGGGCAGCACCUACUGGUUUAUGAAUUCCACGAAAAUGGUUCUCUGCAUAAUUUCCUGCAUCGGAUGGAUGAAGAUAGCACGAGACUAACAUGGGAUAGCAGACUCAAGAUUGCACUUGGGACAGCAAGAGCGCUAGAGUAUCUGCAUGAAGUUUGUUCGCCAUCUUUAGUUCACAAAAAUAUCAAAUCUGAAAAUAUUUUACUUGAUGCUGAUCUCAAUCCUUAUCUAUCGGACAGUGGAUUGGCAAACCUUAUGGCUGAUGUAGAUCGGGGAUUGAACCAUAAUAUAGAGUCUGGAUAUGGCGCACCCGAGGCUGCUAUCUCUGGAAAGUGUACAACGAAGAGUGAUGUAUACAGCUUUGGAGUUGUUAUGUUGGAACUGUUUUCUGGACGAAAACCUUUCGAUAGCUCGAGAACAAGAUCUGAACAGUCUUUAGUUAGAUGGGCAACACCUCAGCUCCAUGAUAUUGAUGCCCUGGAAAAGAUGGUCGAUCCAGCGCUCCGUGGACUCUAUUCUGUUAAAUCUCUGUCUCGGUUUGCUGAUGUUAUUGCUCUUUGUGUUCAGCCCGAGCCUGAGUUCCGACCACCGAUGUCAGAAGUGGUACAAGCAUUAGUUCGGCUGGUGCAACGAGCAAACAUGAGCAAGAGGUUAUACGGUAAUGAUCAGGAUCCAGAUGCUCAAGACUAAGACCGGCAAUAUAGACUUACUCCCUUUGACUAUUCCAGCAAUUUCUCUAAAUUGUUUGCUGUUUAUGGGAGAUUACAAUCAAGAUCUCGUUCAGUGCAGUGUAUUCCAUUAAUACCAGAUGCUAAAAUCUGUUCUCCGCACUAAAACACAUAUAGCAAUAGUAACUUGUCUUAAGCAAGAACCAUAUUAACACAUACAUGAAUGGAUACCGGCAUUUGUACAAUGUUCCUCAACAUUGUUA